GCUGCUGACGGUGCUGCCCGGGGAUUAUCGGCGGGCGCCGGCCGGCCCCGCUUUUGCCGCGCCCGCUGCCGGCCCGAGCGCGGGGCCCGCGGGGGACAAAGGGCGGAGCGAGCCGGGGCCGGGGCCGGGGUCGGGGCUGGGGCCAGGCCCACACAGGGCACCUUCCCCAGCCAUGUCCCCCAACUACAUCCGGAGCUUCUCGGAGGGAUGUCUCAGGCCGCCAACAGUAAUUGGACAAUUCCACACUCUUUUUUUUGGCUCAAUUCGAAUGUUUUUCCUUGGUGUUUUGGGCUUUGCUGUUUAUGGAAAUGAGGCCUUGCAUUUCAGCUGUGACCCAGACAAGAGAGAGGUUAAUCUUUUCUGUUACAACCAGUUCAGACCUAUAACUCCUCAGGUAUUCUGGGCAUUACAGCUGGUGAUUGUACUGGUACCUGGAGCCUUUUUUCACCUUUAUGCUGCUUGUAAGAGCAUCAAACAGGAAGAUAUUCUCCAAAAGUCAUCCUACACUGGUUUUUAUAUCUUCUCUGUUUUCUUAAGGAUUGUCCUUGAAGUUGUGGCUUUUUGGCUUCAGAUUCAGCUCUUUGGUUUCAAAGUGAACGCAAUCUACAUGUGUGAUGUGGGAGCACUUGAUAAAAAGUUUAACGUUACUCGGUGCAUGGUGCCAGAACACUUUGAAAAGACAAUCUUUCUUAUUGCAAUGUACAUGUUUACUGUGAUUACAGUGAUCUUGUGUGUUGCUGAAAUUUUUGAGAUCUCAUGUAGAAGGCUAGGUUUUCUAAAACCUCAGUGAUGUCAACUUGCACUCAUUUACUGCUCUGUCCACCUGCAGCUUUGUAAUAAUGGUUUCAAACCACAGCAGGAAAACAUCUCCUGCCCGCUAUGCAGUGCUGCAGAAAAGAACCACACUCAUGGUUACUGAGGCAGAAUAGUCACUUGACAUAAACUCCUCACCUAAAAACUUGCACACUAUGAGAAUAAUCUUUGUUUCCAUGUCAAGGUCAAAAGCACUAAGAUCUCCAAGAGCAGUAUAUUUUCAUGACCUGCCACCUAUGAUAGUUCUGCCUCCAGAGGAGUGUCUGUGUGUGAGGAGAUGGUUAUUUAUAAACACAUUUCUAUUCACAGCUUUUCUGAACACAUGCCAUCUGAGCUAAUAAGGCCAUUGCACUUCUAGGAAAAAUUGCAAAUUUUUUACAUGUUCUUAUGGCUUGAGAAUUGAACAAUAAUAGUGGAUGCUCUCUGGGUACCAGAAAGCAUUCAAGCAUCUUCCCAAGAAGUGCCACUGAGAUGCAAUCUGCAACUCAGCCCCCGGGGGCAGAGACUCCUGGUUAGGCUGUGGUGACAACAUAUCCAUGGAUACCAGUUUAGCCUGCAGAGGCUCAGCUACUGUCACCUGCUGGCUCAGAAUCUCCUUUUAAAAGUGGAAGGUAUUCUUUGUGUUGAUUGCAAUGCCUAAUUAUGUUUUGGCUUACCAUGUAGAAGAUUUUUACCAAUUUAGUAUGAUCACAUUUUGAACGAGGAAAAGGGCUUUUAACAAUUUAACAUAAGCGGCUUCAAAGUGUCAAAAUAAAAUCUUGAAGAAAAGCCUUUCCUAGGCCCAAUUAUGAUUUGAUUUCAAUGUAUUUUGCUUGUGUGUGACUGCCAAAUUGGGCCCACAGAAUUUUCUGCUGUUUGUGUCACACCUAACUUUUUCUUGCUCUGACUAAAGCUGUUAGAAUAACACUGAAAAAAGAACUCUGCAUAUUAAAAUUAUUCUAUGCAGUAAGUAUAUUGGGUUAGGUUAGGUCUUAAACUUUUUAUAGGCAUCAGAUGUUUUUGUGUGCAACAGCUUCUUCUUAAGGUCUAAUAAACAUACUAUAUAUAGAAGUGAUUUCCUUGUGCUGAAGUGAGAUAAAGAAAAGAAAACAGAUUUCAGAAUCAGAAAGAAAGGAGGAGGUAUUUUCCUGUAUAAAAUAUCUACAAAUAGCUAUAAUAACAAUCAACGAUUUUCCAUCUGUUUUUCAAACAUAAAAAGCUGAGAUCUUGAUAACAGAAUCUGGGUAAUUCCAGAAAUAUUUAGAAAAUUCUGGAAAAAUUCUUACCAACUCUUUUACCACCAAGUGUUUAGUUAAUUAGCCCAAAACACAGUUGAAUUAUAACAGUCUUGUAAUUCUCACCCACAAAAGUAAACCUGCCAAAUAAAUGGAAUAGCAAGUUUUAGGUAUCUUGGAUUUGAUUGAAUCUAUGCCAUUUAAAACAAAGUGGGCUACAACUAGAUGUGUGGUUUUUUGAUAUGCUGAUCAAGAACAAAACUAUGUAUUUCAAUACAUUUGCUAUAUUAAAACAUUAAUAUUAUUUUUUCCCUAUGGAAAUAAGUUAUAUUUUAAGUUUUCUUAAAUGUCCAGUCAAAGCUAUCAGAUUUAUGCAAUAUUAAACUAGUUAUGUGAUAUUUGCAAGCAUUGCAAGUGAAAUAAAAAUCACUGUGCUAACUUGGUGUUUGCAUAAUAAGCCAUGUUCUUUGGUUGAUACAUGUCUGAUUUUUCACUGUAUAUGUCAAUGUCCAUCUGGAAUUAUUCUUUCCAAUUGAAACUUGUAAUCUCAGGUAAAAAAUAUUUAGAAAAACAUACCGUAUAUAGACUACUAAGAAAAAGAAUUUACUUUCAUGUGCUAGGUACAGUUGUUACCAAUGGUACACUUGGAAUCCCACUUCAUCAGUUAUUUGUAUAAUAAUAAAAUAACCUAAUCACAAACUUGUCAGUAUUUUCCCUGGUGCUCAAUAUGUCAUUGCUUGUCAUUCUCCUGUAAAUUUCCAAACACUUCAGAAGGGUCAGAAGAGUGCCAAAACCCCCAAGCCCUCAAGAGUUGUUUAUGUUCUUGUUACCAUCAAGAGCCUUGAAGAACAAGUAUUGGUAUGGGACUGUCUGAGGAUCCCUAGAGAGAGCUGGA